UGUAAACAAACUUUUAGUUGCCUUUGAUCUUAGCUUGCCAGCCUCAAACUUUUUUAAGUAAAAUUUCACAGCAAGCACAGAAAUAUAAUUUACUUACUAUUAAACAAUACAAUAGUACGAAAUUUGAAACUUAUUAUGGAAGAUCCCCGAAACCGAGAGCUGAAGAAGCUCAUUAACUCCUACUGCUAUGUGCAGCAAUCCACAAAAUUUCAUAUGCAGAGGAUUUUUGCCGAGGAAGUGCGAUUUGAAAAAAGUGUGGCACAUGAGGCGACUAAUCAUAAGAAGUUAGAAUGCUUGGAAAAGAUGAAGCAGUUCCACGAUCUAUUUAAAGAGAGUAUGCGACAGCAGAAUAAGCUGACAGUAACCAUUCAACAAUUUCUAGACUUUAAUCCGGAGCUCAAGGAUACUAAAUAUUACAAGGAGGCCUCAAUAAUCCUGGAACUUCAGAAGGCUGAGGAUCUGAAAAAUGAAGCACUUCUUAGCCAACAAAUAGAAGAGGCCAAUGCUGCUUCAGGAGCAUGCGAUGCUUUUGAAACUUCAGACCCUUACCCAAAAGAACCGGAAACUGUGGCCUCUAUACCAGAAGGGGAGGAGCCUGUUGCUUCUGAAGUUGUAGAGAACUAACUUUGUUUUGAACGCAAAUGAAUAAUUUGUGGAUUUCAAUCAUAUGCUCACGAAUUGUGAGGCUUAGAACCCUCUGAAAUAAAGUUACUGUAAACCAAA